UGGUGAAAAUAGCCAAAACUGAAUUUCGUCGCACGUAAGAAUGACGAUGUUCAAGACAAGCACGUAUGGCUGGCAUAAGUGGCUCUAAAAGCUCAGGCUCCUUUAGUUUACACAGGAAACGUAGAGUUGAGCCGCGUAGAAAUUCAUUGGGAUGUUGCAAGUCUUUGCGGUAUGCAUCACACACCAAUAUCAUUUCUUGCAAAAGUUUGCCAUCUGCUGAAGUUUUCGGCACUAUCUCCCAGAAGAUGAGUAAUAGUUUUUUGAUUUGAUGAUUCUGUACCGGAAGCACGAAUCUGAUGAUAGUCAUUAUCAGACCAGAUAAACGUUCCCCGUUCAACAACAUUUGUAUAACUUUUUUCAAAGUCUCGAUUUUCAUAUUGGUAUCUCCCUUUUCGAGGUCUUGUUUAAGUUGCAUCUCGUUUGGUACCUCGAUGUCCGGCGAGUUGAUGAUUGUAUAGCAAGGUCCCUCGGCCAACGCCAUGUUUGUUACACAAAUUUAUCUAAUGCUUUUUUCUGCACUUAUUUGAAGAAUAAAUUCAAAUGGAUAUGAUUUGUAAAAUUCGUGCACAAAUAUUGAAAACACUGAAAUAUUGUUUAGAUUACACAAAUUCUAUUUGAUUUUAUAAUUUUCAAGAAAACAUGUAUUGUGGAAAUACAAUUGACGUGUCAAAUCCUCAGCUAAUAUUGUGCUUCUUCUUCUGCGAACAUUUACAAUCGACUAUGACAUCUGCUAAGUGGCAUUGCCAACUUCGAUGAACUUGUCAGAAUUUGUAACGUCAGAUGACGCUCCAGUUUGUUUACUGUUCAAUUGUUGAUUUUAUUUGUUUUUGUUUGAUAGUAGUUAGUGUAGUUUGGCUUGGACACGACAUCAAAUAAGCUUUCCUAUCUACGACAACUGUGGAUGUAGGUUUCUAAUAUAGAGUUUAUUGGAUUUUUCUAUGAGCUAUACGAAACGCAGAGAAAAAAUGGGGCGCACGAUACAUAUUCAUCGAGUGCCCGCUUCCAUUGUCCUCAUCACGAUAACACUUAUUAUAGUGUAUUUCGUAAAUUUCCAUGAGGACGAACGGCCUGCUGUCUAUGGUUUGCUACGUAAUCAAAAUAAGGUGAAUUUACGCAAGCUACUGAUUGGUGCGAUACAGGCAGCACAACGAGGUGGCUUGGAAGUCCUGGACGUAGCUCAAUCGCGAAAUUUAAGAGAACGUAGUAAAGGUAAAACAGACGAGGGUGCAAACGACCCAUUUACGGAUGCGGAUGAACGUUCUCAUUGUGUUAUGAAAGAAGGGAUACAUCGAAUUUUUCCCCGAGUUAAAAUAUACUCUGAGGAAGACAAAGAAAGCUGCAGCGAUGUAAAUACUUUCGAUUUAGAUCCAACAGUACUGCACGAAACAGCCAACUUGCCCAAUGAAUUGGUUGAUAUAAAAGAUGUCACAGUAUGGAUUGAUCCUCUAGAUGCAACUCAAGAAUUUACAGAAAAACUUUAUCAAUACGUCACGACCAUGGUGUGUGUAGCAGUGAGAGGAAAGCCUAUUAUCGGCGUUAUACACAGUCCGUUUAUAGGACAAACUGCGUGGGCUUGGGUGGAUCAUUCAAUGUCUGAAUAUUUAGCAUCCAUACACCCUGUUAAUCCAGACACUUCAAAACCACUUAUAACGGUAUCACGUUCUCACGCAGGUAGCGUAAAAGAUUUAACACGCAAUGUUUUUGGUGAAGGGUCAGAGAUCUUAACGGCUGCCGGCGCUGGUUAUAAAGUUCUACAAGUAUUAUCCAACAAUGCUACGGCGUAUUUACAUUCCACGAAGAUAAAAAAAUGGGAUAUUUGCGCGGGAGAUGCUAUUUUAAAUGCACUUGGCGGAGUUAUGACGAAUCUUAACGACGAGCUGAUUGAUUAUGGGCCAGAAGGUUCACCAGUGAAUGAUCAGGGAUUACUAGCCACGCUUAAAAACCAUGAUGAGUACAUGGAAAAAUUGAUGAAAUAUCGAAAGAGCCACACUCCGCCUGCACUCAGAUAGUUAGAAAGUUAUUGGUAUAAAGAUUUAGAAAAUAGGUAAAAAGCUCAGGCUGUUAUUUUUAGGUUAUAUUAUAUAUAUCGUGUAAUAAUAUAACUGUUUUUGUACUCAUACUAAGUGUUCAUGUGUUUUAAAACAGUAAACGUGGGAAUAAAAAACGAUGUGUGUUUUCAACAAAAAA